GAAUAAAUUUUUUUGUGAAAGUUACUUAUCAUAAUUAAUAAUUUAUUUAUAUAUUUAUUAGUAUAAAUGUGAGAGAAAUGUUUGGGGGAUGGUUUCUAUUUAUGUAGUGUGUUGUAUGGACGUGGCGCUUGUUCUUCUCUCUAUCAUUUGUCGAUUGUCGUCUUCGCACGCGUUUACACGCGAAUUCCUGAAUCUGUCUCUCCUCCUGUCUGUGCGAUUGCCGAAUCCACGAUCUUGUACGUGUAUAGCAAUAGAUACGGGGAUACUCGCCGAGAAGGUGAUACGCGGAGGUUGGUAGGAUUUUUGUGGGAAAUUCGUUCCGGCUAUAGGAUUUCGAUCCUCUGCGUGUAGAAGCGAGUUCAAUUGCGAAAGGACGAUUAAACCCUCGAUCCAGCUUUGCGGGGCGAUCUCCACUGAGCUCUAUGCAGUUAUAAGUUAUAACUGCCUAUGAAGGCAGCCAGAUCAUGGAGGUGGCUGAUGAAGAAACAACACUUUCUCUCUGACUGGGGAACAUUUGCGGCAAAGAUGAGACAGCUUCCAUUUGUGGGUAUUGUCUGUGUACUGAUGUUGUUCAUCAUAUAUAGAACUGCUAUAUAUCAGUAUGAACAAACAGAGCUGGAUUCAAGAUUGGACCCUUUUUCCACAUUGAAGGACUUUGGUGUGUUGGAUUCCAAAAGUUUGGACGGAUUGCCCAGAGGCAUCAUUGAAGCAAGAUCAGACCUAGAGUUGAAGCCUUUAUGGUCAAUGAGCAGUUCCAGGUCUAAGGUGAGUGUUCAAAGCUCUAAGAAUUUGCUAGCAAUGUCUGUUGGUAUCAAGCAGAAGAGGAAUGUUAAUACUAUUGUUCAAAAGUUUCUUUCAGAAAAUUUCACAAUAAUUUUGUUUCACUAUGAUGGCCACUUGGAUGGGUGGUGGGACCUGGAAUGGAGUAAGAAAGCCAUACAUAUAGUUGCACAUAACCAAACAAAAUGGUGGUUUGCAAAACGAUUUUUGCAUCCAGCUGUUGUCUCUAUAUAUGAUUACAUCUUCCUGUGGGAUGAAGAUUUGGGGGUAGAGCAUUUCCACCCUGGCAGGUAUCUGAAUAUUGUGAAAUCAGCCGGACUUGAAAUAUCCCAGCCAGCUUUGGAUCCAAACUCAACUGGGAUACAUCACAGAAUUACAAUAAGAAGCAGAACGAAUAUAUACCACACGAGGCUGUAUGAAGUCAGAGGCAAUACCAAGUGUUCAGAUGAUAGUGAGGGGCCGCCUUGCACUGGUUUUGUGGAAGGCAUGGCUCCUGUAUUUUCAAGGUCUGCAUGGCAUUGCGCCUGGCAUUUAAUACAGAAUGAUCUUGUACAUGGAUGGGGAAUGGACAUGAAACUUGGUUACUGUGCACAGGGGGAUCGCACCAAAAAGGUGGGUGUAGUUGAUAGCGAAUAUGUAGUCCAUCAAAGCAUACAGACACUGGGUGGUGGUGCAUCUGCAAGAAAGGUUUCGAACCCUGAAGAGACCACAAAGCAGGGGCAUGGUGUUGAUGUGAGGUUAGAGAUUAGGAGGCAAUCCUCAAUAGAGUUGGAGAAAGCUCCGGUUUCAAACUCAAGACUUGCACCCCUUCCUCCAGAACCUGCCGAUUUUUACAAUCCUACGGCUCCAGUUGAUAUAUCUCUUGAUAGUACUUCGGAUUUGAAAGUGAAAGAACGAGAGUUGCAUGCCAAGGAAGCCGAAUUAAAAAGGAGGGAACAGGAAAUAAGGAGGAGAGAAGAAGCUGUUGCCCGAGCUGGUGUUGUUCUUGAAGAGAAAAAUUGGCCGCCAUUUUUUCCCAUUAUCCAUCAUGAUAUUGCUAAUGACAUACCAGUUCAUCUCCAAAAGGUGCAAUAUAUUGCUUUUGCAACAUUUCUAGGGCUUGCUUUUACGCUAUUGUGGAAUGUAGUAGCUGUGACUACGGCAUGGAUUAAACAAGGAGAUCCAAAGAUUUGGUUUCUUGCGAUUAUCUACUUCAUAUCCGGGAUCCCUGGCGCCUACGUACUCUGGUAUCGUCCCCUCUACCGUGCUUUCAGGAAAGAAAGUGCAUUCAAGUUUGGGUGGUUUUUCCUAUUUUACUUGCUGCACAUUGGCUUCUGUAUCUUUGCCGCCAUCGCGCCUCCUAUUGUUUUCAAAGGAAAAUCCCUCACGGGUAUUCUCCCGGCGGUGGAUCUCGUAGGCGACCAUGCUCUUGUCGGGAUAUUCUACUUCAUUGGGUUCGCGUUCUUCUGCGUGGAGUCGAUGCUGAGCAUUGUAGUUAUGAAGCAAGUUUACAGCUACUUCCGAGGGAGCGGUCAUGCCGCGGAAAUGAAGCGCGAGGCUGCCAGGGGAGCGGUUAGAGCAGCAAUAUAGCUGGCUAGCUAAGUUAACUACUCAUCAUCAUCAUCGAUUUUGUGUCGUGUCUUAAGGUAUAUGAAUGAAUGUACAAAAGCUUGUUAUUAUACAUGAAACCUGCCCUGCUCUUGUGUUGUUCCAUAUGUGUGUGUGGUUGGUGGUGUUGUUGCCAUUCUUUUUAUGGACCUUCUUGCAGCUUCGUGUUAGAAAUUAGAAUGUGAUUUGAGAAUUUGUUUUAGAACUUCCAAGUAUAAUAAAAUCUGUUAAAUCUCUUCGUAAGAGAA